AUGGGCCUACAAAUUUCAAAGCGCUGUACAAAGUAUGCAACAUCCGAUGUGAUUAGUGCGUUUGACGAGUCAGUCCGUACUUAUAAGCCACAGCGUAAGGUGGUUUUGGCUAUCCACGAUGAAAUAAUCAAUGCCUACGAGGCGCCGUCUCCAACGCCGAGCACCUCUGAUGAAGCCGAGUUCUCACGAGUAGAGUCGGCAAGUGUAGCGGCUGGACCGGUGAAGUUAAAGUGCUUUUUCAAGCGACCCCCCUCUCCUGGCCUGCGUGUUCUCACGCCUGAACAGGCCAAUCACGAGAUGGAGUGUAACACGGUGACCUGCUAUGUCGACGCUGGGUUGUAUUGCUGGUUGUGGGUGAGGUACGCGGAAGCCAGGGUCUUCUUCAAUCAGAGGGAUCGACGACUGGUGUCAAUCGGUAGAAUAAGCAACUGCAACAUUGUUGUGAAUCCAGGGUUGCGUGUGCAUCCGCGUUUCGGCGUCCAGAAACUGGUGGAAAUCCACGCAAAGACGCAGCGUGGCAUGAGCAAGUGUCUGAAUCUUGUCGAAGAGAAGUUCCCCGGCUUCGAGGUGCGGAAUGUCGUGUUUCCUAGCUGA